AUGCCAACAAUCGCCCAGCUACGCGCCGAGAUCGAUCGGCUGAACCAAGCGAUGGCUGACCGUACGAAAGUGCCGAACCAUCUGCCCAAGUUCACGGGCAAGAGGGGGGAAGACGUCCGCGAAUGGCUGUUCCAGAUCGAGAACGCCUGCCGCAUCAACAACAUUCCAAUUGAAGACACGAGCGCGCGUCUUCCUGGAAUCGCCGGAUCGGCAAUGGAAAAGCCGGCGUCCGGAUGGUUCCUGCACUGGUCUUCGACAACUCGAGCGGAGGAGCACACGUGGGGGAUUUUCCGUGAGCAUGUGCUCCAACACUUCGAAGCGUCGAAUUACCAGUCUGUCCUGCACAAGCGGAAGUCGUCCACAGAUCAAGCGCCGAGUCACGACAAGUCGUUCAAGGAAAAAGCGUUCCGUGGUAAAGGGCGUUUCAAACCGAAGACUAACCCGAAACGAGCCGAAGGUCGUACCUGUUUCCACUGCAAGAAACCUGGCCACAUCAAGGCCAACUGCUUCCUUUGGAAAAAGGAGCAAGAAAAGCAGGGAAACGGGCAACCACGUCAGUGA